AUGGCUUCUAAUUCAAACUGUGGUGCUCUUACAACACGCAGCAUGACUAACAUAUGGCUGAUUGGACAGUUACAAAGUGAACUUCCAGUAAAUGUAUUGCCUACAACAGAUAAGGUCAUGGACGUGUGGAACAAGGCUAGAAUACCAACAACCUACCAUACUCAUGUUGUAGAAAAAGUAAAGUCGGUAGUUGAUGACUACAAGCUAAUAAAAAAGAACAAAAACAGACAAAGUGAAGCACAACGAGCACGAGAGAAGGAAUUUGAAGAAAAGAAGCACAUGAUGUUUGAUAUUGCUCACCAACACGCCAUGCAGCUCAUCCGAAUUCAGGAAGAUAUAGAAUUUCUUGAAGACCAGAGGGGCAGUCGACGAAUGCAAAUGAGUGGCAUUGAUAAAGACCUGACCAAGAAAGAAGAGCGCACAGAACAACGUAAAUGCAAAGAAGAAGAGAGAAAAGAGCGAGAGCAGGAGCGGAUGACAGAAAGUACCUCACUACAUUUAUCUAGUUCUGAUGACAGUGAUAGUGAACAGCAGGACACAGAGGACAACUAUGAAAUUGAAAUUCCAGUGUACUACAAAAAGCAGAUCAGUGAAGUAGAAGACAGUCUGUCAAGCAGUGCCAGCAAAAAAACACGAACUGUGCAGGAUAUGUUGUCGUCGCCAGAUGUUGCUUCAGCACUGGAUAGAAUAAACCUGUCAGAAAGAAAGUUCACAGUAUUAGCAGCAGCCAUUGCACAAGCUAGUGGGCAAGACAUCAGGGAUACAUCUCUGUCACGUUCCACAGUUCAUCGUAAACGACAGCAACAUCGAUCAACCAUUGACAGCAGUAUUCGUCAACAAUUUCAGGAUCGUGACAGAAACCCCCUUCUGGUUCACUGGGAUGGGAAGAUCAUGAAUGAUGACCCACACUCCAGAACUGAUAGACUGGCUGUUGUUGUGACUGGCUGUAAUGUGGAGAAAAUCUUAAAAAUUGUUAAAAUUGCAUCAAGCACGGGACAAGCACAGGCCAAUGCAAUUUUUCAGUUGCUCAAAUUAUGGGACGUUAGUGAAGACAUUAUAGGCAUGUGCUUUGAUACUACUGCUGCCAAUACUGGGACGUCAAGUGGAGCAUGUGUUUUGCUGGAGAAACUGCUCCAUAGAAAUCUCUUGCACUUUGCUUGUCGUCAUCAUGUACAUGAAUUGAUAAUCGGUGAAGUUUUCACAGUUCUGUUUGGUCCAAGCCGUGGCCCCAACAUUGGAAUGUUAGAAAGAUUUCGAGCCUACUGGCCAAAUAUAAAUCAGUCAAACCACAAGCCACUUGAUGAUGACAGGAUGAACCACUCAUUGCUACAGAUGAUGCGGUCUGACAUAGUACCAUCUUUGACAUGUUUUCUUUCAGCUGACAGCUCAUACAUCCCACGAGAGGAUUACAAGGAGUUGGUUGAACUCUGUCUCUUAGUGCUGAGUUAUCCAAUGCAGACUGAUGGCAAGUACCAUUUCCGUGUUCCUGGAGCAUAUCACAUGGCCAGAUGA